AUGCAUUGCGUUUUCGCUUUUCUACUCAUCCCGACGAUCAGUAUGCACAAAGAAACCGAGCGUUUAGCCCUUGUGGGUGCAGAUAAUCAUGACGCUAUUUACUCAGUCUUCGAGCCCAAAAUAAGCGGCCAGUUUCCAUUUAUCGGCCCAGAACACGACAUCUUGUCUACAAACAGCAGAAUUGGAGGGCCUGGCACGUAUGUCAAGGCAUACUGCUCCAAAACGCUCGGAAAUAUCCGACUGACGAGAAUACUCUCUCAUGGUCUAUAUGAGAUUACAAACGACUUCCAUCGUAAUUUUGGCUCAAUUGGCUCACCAGAAAUGAAUUGUCUCGGAAGCAUUCGAAAAUUUAGAAAUGAGCGACGUAUAACGUCAGCUUUGUCUUUACAACAUCUUAUACACUUGAAAGAAUGUUCGGCCUUUCAAUUAGCUAAAUUGGCAUUUCGUCGUAUGCUUUCAGUCAGCGGUACUCACUGGGCUUUUGCUCCUUACGAGACGCAAAAUUUAAUACCGGUAAACGCUGACAGGCCGAUGGAAUUGAGCAGCGUAAUAUUAUCCAACCAUUUCUUUGGAAAAGAACUCAUGGAAAAAAAUUCCUGCGCAUUGGCUUGGUACAUGGGUCACCUACAUGUAUUCAAAUUGAGUAAAAAAAAGACUUGGAAUUUCUUGACGAUAGUUGGCCUGGAAUCGCAGAGUGGAAGGCCAAUUGUGGAAUAUUUAGUAGAACAUCAACGAAUAUUUAAAACUUUCUCUCAGAAAUUUAUGGCUAUUGAAGAGGAAUCUCGAAGUAAACGAAGAAAGCCUUUGUCAGAGGCAGCCGUCUCGACAAUCUACAGUGAGACAAGGCAAAAGCUGAAGGAAGUACUUUCAGAUUUUGAUUUUGGAAAACUCCCUACGUCUUCCCCGAGUGGCUUCAUAGUAUGA